AAGGGCCAUGCAAAUGCCAGGAGUUUUCCUCUCAGCAUUUACAUGACAGUUUGGAACCAGAAACAGUCUGACUUUUCAAUCCCUCAGUAAAACUAUGAGCUGGGUUGUGGGAGAGAUUUACAAGUAGCAUUUGAGAAUCAUGGAGCUUUUAGGUUCUACUUUAACUGCCACUUAUGCGCACCCUAGACCAGCAUCAACCAGCUUUCUACCCGCCAUCAGUACCAUGACAUCAAGCUAUAGGGACCGCUUCCCCCACUACAAUUUGACCCAUAGCUUGAGUCUUCCUUGGAGACCAAGCACAUACUACAAAGUCGCCUCCAACUUGCCGACCUUGGGCCCGUACUGCACCAGAUCUCAGAAGGUGUCUGAGAGCACCAUGCUACCCUUCGUCUCCAACAGAACCACUCUCUUCACAAGGUAUACUCCUGAUGAUUGGUAUAGGUCCAACUUAACCAACUACCUAGAAUCUGACACUUCCCGGCAUAAUUCAGAAAGACUAAGGGUAGAUACAACUCGCCUGAUUCAAGACAAAUAUCAAGAAAUGAGAAAAGUCCAGGCAGACUCCACCCAAAAUUUGGGAGAACGAGUCAAUGACAUAGGGUUUUGGAAAUCUGAAAUCAUUUAUGAGUUGGAUGCAAUGAUUGGAGAGACAAAUGAACUAACUGAUGUUAAGAAAAAAUUGGAGAGGGCUUUGAUGGAGACAGAAGCUCCUCUUCAGGUAGCCCGAGAAUGUCUGUUUCACCGAGAGAAGAGGAUGGGCAUCGAUCUAGUUCAUGAUGAAGUGGAAAAAGAACUGCUGACGGAGGUUGAUAUUAUUCUGAGUUGUCAAGAAAGGAUGAAGCUACAUUUGGAUAAGGCCAUUGCCCAACUUGCAGCCAACAGAGCUGCCCAGCACGAGCUGGAGAAGGACCUGAGUAAUAAACAGACAGCUUACCGGAUCGACGAUAAAUGCCACCACCUGCGGAACACAUCAGAAGGCAUCAGCUACUUUCGCGGAGUGGAGAGGGUCGAUGCGACGGUCUCAGUGCCCGAGUCCUGGGCCAAAUUUACAGAUGACAAUAUUCUCCGCUCCCAGAGUGAACGAGCAGCCUCCACAAAACUAAGAGAUGACAUUCAAAACCUCUUGGUUGUGACUGCCAAUGAGAUGUGGAAUCAGUUCAACAAAGUGAACUUAGCUUUCACCAAUCGCAUUGCUGAGACUGCAGAUGCUAAAAAUAAGAUUCAGAUUCACUUAGCAAAGACCCUGCAGGAGAUUUUCCAGACUGAAAUGACCAUAGAAUCCAUCAAGAAGGCCAUCAGGGACAAGUCUGCCUUCCUGAAGGUGGCUCAGACCAGAUUGGAUGAGCGUACCCGGAGACCGAACAUAGAGCUCUGCCGAGAUUUGUCCCAGUUGCGCCUUGUUAAUGAAGUGUAUGAGGUGGACGAGACCAUCCAGACCCUGCAGCAGCGCCUGAGGGAAGCUGAGAACACCCUGCAGUCGCUGGUCCACACCAAAGCCACCCUAGAGCAUGACUUAGCGGUCAAAGCGAAUUCUCUGUACAUCGACCAGGAAAAAUGCCUGGGAAUGCGCAAGAGCUUCCCCAACACCCUUCGGCUGGUGGGCUUUUGUUAGGGACCCCCCAGGAGUGGUUUCCUUACUCCUCAGGAAAGGUAGUACCAGAGCCCUGUCUCAGCAUUUAAGUGGAGUGCUAAUAUAUUCACUUAUUAAAGGAUUGUACUGAUAGAAAUGUACUGGUCUCCUGUCUUGGAAAGCCUUUUGUUUGCAUUCAGACCUUAAUUUUCUACUAUUUACUAGGUCUGGGCAACGGGAAGGAUAUAAAGAAAUAUAAUCAAUCUAAUAGAGAAGGUCAAAAUAUUUGUUUUAUUCUUCUUAUUUUCUGUGUAACACGAAUGGGCUGGAAAGGAGAAAUGUGUUUUUCUCUGGGGCGGUAGGGGCAGGAAUCACAAACAGUGGAUUUUGAGCUAUGCCUCAAAAGGAAACAUGGAGACAAGGAGAAAGGCCUUUGGUUAUGUCGUAGUUGGGGGUAGUUUGAGCAAAAGCAAAGGUGGAAAAAUAUAGAGUGCAUUUGAAACAAUAGUAGAGUUGUUUGUGAUUCAUAAGGCAUGGUAUACAGGAAGGAAAUAGAACCCGCAAGGUGCCUGGAAAAGUGGGGGGACUUCACCUCCAGCUUAAGGAGUUGGGGGAAACUGAUGGACAUCUCGAAGCAAGGAAAUGGCCUUAUGGAAGCAAUGACUGAGCAAUGAAAAGUUGGAACUGGACAGAUGGCAGUGAAAACAAAUA